UCCGAUAUCAAUCCUCGCCUUUCCUACUGUCUGAAGCCCCUCGUUGUCCCGAAUAUCCAUCCUCCCCAUUGGGUCCUGUGGCGCGAAGACUUCAUCGAACUUUCACUGUGUCUGGUGGAAGUACGGCUGACGUGGAUCGAGGAUGAAGCGCCCCCGCCAUGCAUAGAGCGCCUGGAGCUGCAAUUCAUCCAGGCCUGGCGAACCAACGUGGAGGGAGAGCUUCUCGCGUUUCUAUUCGGUACGGUACGGCCCGGUCAUCAGGAUCUCAUCACGAAAGAGCUCACGAUCCCGGUAGCACAGCUGGCGGACGAUCUCCCUGUCGACAUCAUCUCGCAGGACGACGCGCAUCCAGUUCCCCACGUACUUUCUCGCACAUUGACACCUUAUCUUCAGUGGUCGACUUGCGUAGAAGGAGCCGCUGAACGCAUCCCGCCGUCGCAGCAACAAUACUUGGACCACCGGACGGCGCGCGAUCCUGCUUUCUUCAGGCAUCCUACGGCGGAGCAGCUUGCUGCCAUUCGAGAGGAGGAAGAGGAGGAAGAAAGCACCGGGAGUGACGAAGACGUGCGGGAAGAAAGCGAGAAUAGCGACGAAGAGCUCGGCGAGGAGGACGAAACCCCCGGGGAGGGAAGCUAUAGCGAGCAUAGCGAGGGGGAACAGAGCGAAGAAGAAGAAGAAGACGAGGAAGGAGAAGAGGAGCACGAAGACGAACCUGCUGGUUCGAAGUGGGAAGCCGUGUCGGAAGAAGAACUUCGCAUGGGCAUGGAGGCUGAAAAUCCGGAGGCGGCCCGCGAAAGAGAAGAACCCGCGGCCGGGAAAAGAACCCCCUGGCGUUUCGAAGCAGAAACAGACGGACUGGGGAUAAAGAUCGCAACUAAGGAAGUGCCAUGGCAGGAUGUUUGUGACGGGAUUACCCCGGAAGGACACGUGGCAAUCAGGGAAGAAGAUGCCCAGAUGAUGACCACGGUGUUCUCUUGGCAAUCGGACCAUUCGUUCAUCUCGGCGCCUCCACCCGAUUUGGCCAAACAGGCGAACACGAAACAGAUCGACGUUCGGAUUUGGGACCAACUUUUUGAACUGCACAUUCCACAAUAUGUGUCGGAUGAAAUCCACCGGGUAAUUGUGGAUAUCCUAACGGAAUAUCAAGGAGCGAUUAGUGUGUCAGACACUGACAUUAGGUUGUCAUUAGUAAUCCAACACGAAAUCCAGACGGGAAAUCACUCUCCGAUUCAUUGCAAACCUUAUCGCUAUUCCUUGAUUGAACGCAAAAAGGUUCUCGAACGAAUUCGGGAGUUCGAAGCUAGUGGUUGGAUUGAACUUGCUACUGGACCUUGGUCCUUUCCCGUAGUGUUAGUACUGAAGAAGAACGGAGCGAUUCGCAUCUGCAUUGAUUAUCGCAAGCUGAAUGAAAUCACGAUCAAAGAUGUGUAUCCCCUCCCCCAGAUUGAUGAUCUGUUGGAUGCGAUUGGAUGCGCUAAUUAUUUCAGCAAGUUUGAUAUUCGGCAUGACUUCCAUCAUAUUCUGGUAAGGGAAGAAGAUCGACUGCAAAUGGCCUUUGUGUUAUUUGCGGGAACGUGGAAGUGGGUUCGAUGUCCGAUGGGGAUUUGGAAUGCGCCUGCCACGUUUCAGCGAGCGAUGAACAUGACGUUCCAUAACUUCGUCAACAAGACACGGCUGACGCAAGGAAUGAUUAACUUCUGCGUGAUCGUGUACAUGGACGAUAUCCUGGUCUAUUCGGAAACCUAUCACGGGCACGCGCAACACAUCGAAUGGACAUUGGGUGCAUUGAGAGACGCUGGGUUCAAGAUUGCGCUUGAGAAGAGCGAAUUUUUCCCCUCGGAAAUUUCGUUCUUAGGCUAUGUCGUGACACGUGGAGGAUUGCGUCCAGACUCGAGAAAGGUUGAGGCGAUGAAGGAAGCUCCGGUUCCUACGUCACUGACGCAGGUUCGAACCUUCUUGGGACUGGCGUCGUACAACCGGCGCUUCAUCAAGGGCUUUGUCGCGAUUGCACGACCACUAACGAAUCUGUUACAGAAGGACCAGCCUCUCAGCUGGGACGCGAAGUGCCAACAGGCCUUUGCGACCCUCAAGGACGCUCUGGUAACGACCCCUAUUUUGAUUCGACCGGACCCCUCGAAGCAAUUCAUUCUCAUCACGGACUGGCAGCCGGAAGUUAUUUUCGCUAUUUUAGCACAAAAGGGGAACGAUGGUCGCGAACACGUCAUCGAGUACGCAUUGCGAACCGUGCCAGACGAACGAAGAAACGACUCUGCACCUCAGGGUGAAUGCUAUGCAGUGGUCUGGGGAAUCCAGCACUUCCAUCCGUAUCUCUACAGACAAAAGUUUCGCCUCGUGACGGAUCACGAGCCUCUGCUAGCCUUGAAGAAGCUCACCAACUAUACGGGCAAGAUUGGCCGUUGGGCGGUGCGAUUGCAAGAAUACGACUUCGAUAUCGUCCAUCGAAAGACGGAGCGACACGGCAACGCGGACGGACUGACACGCCUGCAUCGACCUGCCAAGGUUUCAUCUGUUCUCCUUAUUCUCCUUGGCUUCGUCAGUCAGAAAGAAAUGCCGCGGUACCAAGCCUUUUCCCCGCGGAGUGCUGACUUCGGGUCUAGAGACGACCCGUGGCGCUGGCUGGCAUCGCUCGGAGACGAUGUGUUCGAGAAGCUUGAUGAGCCGAGCCGCAGCUACGUGAGGGACUCGCAGGCUAUGGCGAAGACCGCAGUGGACGUCAAAGAGACGCCGACCUCGUACGAGUUCGUGGCAGACUUGCCAGGACUUAGCCGCGAGGGCGUGAAGGUGCAAGUGGAAGACGGGAACAAGCUGGUCAUUAGCGGAGAACGUCAUCGCGAGCCGAGGAAAGAGAGGAGAGAAGCAGGAGAGAAGUAUCAUCGCGUCGAACGGAGGAUGGGCAAGUUCAUGCGUCGUUUCACGUUGCCAGAGGACGCCGAUGUGAAUAAAAUUGGCGCGCAGUGCAAGGACGGAGUGCUGACGGUGACCGUGGCCAGGGUCGAGGCAAAGGAACCGGAGAAGCCCAAGGUCAUCGACGUCGAAGUCAGCUGAGAAGAAGAGGCAUGCACGGAAGAAGAGGCUAUUACGACCGGCGGAAGGUCGUGAUUGGUCAAUGGGAUUGGAGAAUGCGCGACGUAACGGAAGUCCAAGACACAGCUGAGAUGAAGCGGCUCCGUGUGACCCUGCAGAGUGAAGGAUGAGUUUGCCAGGCGUUUGAGUGAGAUGUCGGCGGGGAUAGGAAAACGACGGAAAAAGAUCUAACCACGCAUGAAAUCAAUUGGUGUGCGGGACCUCUGUCUCGUCUCCUGGCAGCAGAGAGCGAGUACAAGGAAUCUGGAGGGAAAUCCACUCGAAAAGUCAAUUCAUAGGGAUACAAAACAAAAAAAAAAAAAACAAAGUCAGUUGGAGGAAAUGCUCCGUGAGCUUACGGUUCCUUCGCUUUUCGGAUGUGGUCAACGGUUCCUUCGUUCUUCGGUUCUGGUCAAACUCGAUCAGUAGAGAUUUGUUGUUACGGCACUUGAUCGUCUACCUUCCCCCGGACGCAACAACGCAACCUCAUGUUGCCUGUAUGAGACCCGAAAGCUGGCUCGUAUACAUGCGUAGUCGGGGCGCCUUGUGUCCGAAGAAACGCGCCUUAGCAAAGAGAGACUAGACCCUUUCUUCGCUCGCGACUCGGUCAAACACGUGUCGUGAGUCAAUCUCGGUCAAACUCGGGUCAAACGUUUCGUGGGUCGGCCCUUUCUUGGUGGUUUUUUUUUUUUUUUUUUUUUUUUACGAGUUUAGCGAACGAGAUCGUCAAGGGAGGGGAGGAAAAUUUUUCGAGGGACGAAAUCGUGUUCGACGUGUGAGUGCCACUGAGUGGUGUUCAGAAAAUUGGAGGUGCGGAUGUAGAGAUGCGCAGAAAUGAUGGUCGUUCUGCUCCGUGUAGUUUAGUCUGUGUGUGGACAGUAAUGGGACACGACGGAGGGGGAGGGGGAGAACGGGACUGGCUGUAUACCACAGUGACUGUUCGAUGGGACAUGGCUGAAUAGUCCUUCUACUAGGCGGGUCACUUGGUGCACUUCUUCAGGCGGGACUCGGCUCAUCGUCCUCCUAGUGGGGAAACUGGUGUAUACUAUAAUCUGCUUGGACUACUAGGCGGGUCACUUGGUGCACUUCUUCAGGCGGGACUCGGCUUAUCGUCCUCCUAGUGGGGAAACUGGUGUAUACUAUAAUCUGCUUGGAGGGCGACGGGUGUGUAUAUAAAGCUUCUACGGUGCGAGUCUUGUUUGCUCAGCGUGUUGUUCGGUGUUGCUCGCUACAACGCUCAGUCAUACACUGUCUUGGGUGCAUGAAGUUUUUACGGCGCUGAGUGUUUUUAGUCAGAGUGCACUUCUCAUAGGCCGGAGACGGCUGAUUGUCCGCCUUCUAAGGCGGGCACCAGUGUACACAAGUUCCUUUCCGAGGGUCGCAGGUGCGUAAAACUCACUUUACGGUUGCGAGCUGAAGUGGUACUUAGUCAAAUAUUGUCUGUAUGGACGGGUAAUUGUUCUAAAGCAGGUAACAGAAGGAAGAUUGGGGGCAGAACAUUGCUUCUAGACGGGGCAUUAUGAAUGUAAACGAAGGAGGAAAGUGGGACUCCCGGACAUGGGAGUAGUGUCGACUUUGUCAAGUGGUCUUCGAUUCUUCAUCCUGCUUCGUUGCGGGCGUGGAAUUUGCUAUUGAAGUUGGUGAUUGAUUGUAAAGAAGGUGUGACCUAUCAAUGCUAUGUGUGAACUAUCAAUGCUUUGCACCCGUGUUCGGCAGAUUCGGUGCGAAUAGUUAGUC